ACCGCCAUGUUGAGGGGGGAGACACCGCCAUGUUGGGGGGCGAGGGCCGCCCGCCGCGCCGCCCGAGGUGGGGGGAACCGAAUGCCGCCAUCUUAACGCGGCCACCGCGCUGAGGGCGACAGAACCCGGCGCUCGGCCCCGGGGCUGCGCUGUGAGGGGAGAAGCCGCCCGCAAACAGCUGGCUUAGCGCCGUCCCCUCACAGAGCGGGGCGCGGGCUCCUUACAAACACCCCGCAGCCCUUCGGGGCCUCUGUCCGCGCCCCGCAACCCGCAGCGCCGCCCGGAGGCGCGGCCGCAGCGCCUCCACUGCCGAGUCACCGCCGGGCGGCUCCGGGGCGGGGCGGCGGGGCGGGGCCGGGCGGGGCCUGCGCCGAUCGGGACCAGUCGGCGGCUCCUGCAUCCCGGGCGCGGAGCAUCCUCCGGGCGGGGGCCGUACCGCGGCGCCUCCGCACCGGGUGCCGCAUUCCGCCUCAGCGCGGACCAUGGCGGAGAUCACCAGCGUCCACCCCGGCUUCGAUGUCUCUCCAGUUGUGGCAGGCCUCAUUGGUGCUACUGUUCUGGUGGUUUCUGUCUCAGUAACAGUUUUUGUGUGGACAUGCUGUCACCAGCAAGCAGAAAAAAAGCACAAAACCCCACCGUAUAAAUUCAUUCACAUGUUGAAAGGCAUCAGCAUCUAUCCGGAGACCUUGAGUAACAAGAAGAAAAUCAACCGAAUCCGGAGAGACAAGAAUGGCGCUCCUAAGGAGACUGGGAGGGGAAACCUUUUAGUGAAUGCUGCUGAAUCUGGCUUGGUAGGCUCUGAUAAGGCUCCAGAUGGGCCAAAUGCAGCUCCCCACAUUGAUCAGCUUCCGAUCAAAGUAGAUUAUGGAGAUGAACUAAGCCCAGAUCAAAGCCUCACUCCAGGAGGAAGUAAAACCUCCUCACCAUCUUCUCCAGGAGAGGACGUCCUGUUGGGUGAGCUGACUUUCUCAGUGGACUACAACUUCCCUAAAAAAGCACUGGUGGUUACCAUUCAGGAGGCCCACGGGCUGCCAGUUAUGGAUGAGCACACUCAGAGCUCUGACCCAUACAUCAAGAUGACCAUUCUUCCCGACAAGAGGCAUCGCGUGAAGACUCGCGUGCUUCGCAAGACGUUGGAUCCGGUCUUUGAUGAAACCUUCACCUUCUAUGGGAUUCCCUACAGCCAGCUCCAGGAUUUGGUGCUUCACUUCCUGGUGUUGAGUUUCGAUCGCUUUUCUCGAGAUGAUGUGAUUGGAGAAGUCAUGGUGCCCCUUGCAGGAGUGGAUCCGAGCACUGGGAAGGUUCAGCUGACCAGGGAGAUUCUCAAAAGGAACAUACAGAAAUGCAUUAGCAGAGGAGAGCUGCAGGUCUCACUAUCUUACCAACCCGUGGCGCAGAGAAUGACUGUUGUGGUGCUGAAAGCCAGACAUUUGCCAAAGAUGGAUAUCACUGGCCUCUCAGGUAAUCCCUACGUUAAGGUGAAUGUUUAUUACGGAAGAAAGCGCAUAGCAAAAAAGAAGACCCACGUGAAGAAGUGCACUUUGAACCCCGUCUUCAACGAAUCCUUCAUUUACGACAUCCCUGUUGAUCUCCUUCCUGACAUCAGCAUCGAAUUCCUGGUCAUCGAUUUCGACCGUACCACAAAAAACGAAGUGGUGGGACGGCUGAUUUUGGGAGCUCACAGCAUCACUGCAGCUGGUGUGGAGCACUGGAGAGAGGUUUGUGAGAAUCCUAGAAAGCCGGUGGCCAAAUGGCACAGCCUGAGCGAAUACUAGCAGAGGUUGUGGCAGCUGAUCAUAGAACAGACUUACACCUUGUUUUAGCUGUAGAACUAAACUUUCGUAAGAAGCAGCAGCUGAUGGGUUCUCUAGUGAUGUGAUUUUGCAGGGCACUACGAUUCUAAAGAGCAUUAAAUUAAAAAAAAAAAAAUACCACAAAUAUAUAUAACAGUGUAAUCACGCUAUUGCAUGCCUAAUACAAACUGAAAUUAGUAU